AUGGUAUCUGACUUAUGGAGCAAACUUAUAGAAACAGUUGAAGACUAUAACAAGGACAUCAUUGGUGAACUUACUGUGUUAAUCCAAGAUGUCCGUCCAGGUAGUGGACAUUGCCGGAGUAGACGUAAAUGUGAGAUGGAUCUCGAACAAAAAUCCGAUGUUGCCGGACACUGGUGCUAUCCUGGUAGAGAAACGUCGGACAAUGAUAGGCGUCCGGUCGACCUAUUUGGGCAAACAGGCCUCAUCAUCGCUUCCGCGUAUAAGAGAGAUCAUCGACGCCAUUACCUUACACGGCAGAGUUCAAUCUCCGUAAUAUCUGAAGAGUAG